AUGUCUAUCAAGAUGUUAAUCAGAGUAUACACAAUGGAGACGAUGUGGAUUCCUUUCAACAUGUACUUCGUGGAUGAAGUGCAGGAUCUAUUUGGUGCUUUGAACUACAUCAUCAACACUAUACGCAACAGUGUUGAAGGCCGUCCUCACCUCUACUGCAUCGUGUGGAACUUAAUCAGCGAUGGUGAUCACUGCAAUGUCGUUAGGUUCUUUAACCAUGGAGCCCACAUUGGCUCUUUGUACUACUCAUCCAUGCCAGGAGAAGCCGAGUUUGUUCCUGUGACUGCACCUGCUGUCAUCAAUAUGCCUGAACAUCGUUUCAUAGGCAUCUUCACACAAAUGACUGAGAAUAUUGCUGGCUUCUGUUGUUAUGGCAUACUAGGCAUUAUUUAUGAACUCAAAGUGACUUCGAGGGAGUUGUUCAGAAUAAUUUUCUUGAAACAUCUCAGAGUAGGAUACUUCAAGUGCAUGCAGAAAGACAUUGAGUUCGAUGCGGUUCAAGUGAUGAUGGUGAUUUGGUUGCUGGUGCAUACAUUUCGAAUACAGCAAAAUCAGUCCCAAAAUCAUUGGUUUUGGGUCCCCAGAAACUAG